AAGUGCAGAAAGACUUGGCGUGAAUGUUGUGACGUCGUCAAACUGCGACAAGUCGAGCCGCUGACAUUUCAAUGACAAUUUGCCUGUAUUUUCUUUUUGCUCUGUUUGAUAGCUAGGGGCGUAUUGCCAUAAAACAGGGUAGCAUGCAAAGAACUGUAUACACAGUGUUAAAUGACUGGGCAAACACGGCGGUCCCAUUGAUUGCAAGGCGUAGCUCAAAAAUCAGAGCGUCCCUAUGGAGCUCCCGCGAUUACAGUGUGAUCCCGACCCCGCGUGACAGGACCGAGAAGGAGAUGCUUGACCGUAUGCUACGUGUGGACCAUGCAGGUGAAUAUGGUGCCAAUCGAAUCUACGCCGGCCAGAUGGCAGUAUUGAGCAGGUCUACUUCUGGAACUCUCAUCCAGGAAAUGUGGGAUCAAGAAAAAAAACACCUAGAGAAAUUUAAUGAAAUACUUGCUGAGAGCAGAGUCCGGCCGACAGCACUACUACCACUUUGGAAUGUUGCUGGCUAUUUAUUAGGGGCAUCUACUGCAAUGUUGGGCAAGGAGGUGGCCAUGGCCUGCACUGUGGCAGUGGAGGAGAGUAUCUCUGAGCACUACAACAGCCAGAUGAGAACUCUGAUGGAGGAGGAUCCUGACAGAUAUACUGAACUAUUAAAAGUUAUAAAAGAGUUCCGAGAUGAUGAGAUGGAGCAUCACGAUAUAGGAUUGCAACAUGAUGCUGAAUCAGUACCUGGAUUCUGGCUACUUAAAAAUGUCAUCCAGCUAGGGUGCAAAGCGGCAAUUUAUGCUUCUCAACGUGUGUGACUUUGUAUACAGUAUAUAUCAAAAAACAUUUAAAAUAAAGUGCUUGUUUUAAUAUU